GCGGAGGGCUGGAGAUUAGAAGCGAGAGAGAGAGAGAGAGACAGACCAAUUAGGAGAGUGAGAGAAAGCGCUGCAAUUUAAAAAAAAAAUGGCUAGUGGAAGUGAUGGCACGGAGACUGGUCUACCUUGUCUGUACUGCUGCAAGUUUCAUCCCCUGGUGAGAACAUGCUGCUCUCACAGGACCAGGCAGCCUUGAUUGGGCAGGUGUUCGAGGCACAUGUCCUGGAGCACCACCGGAAUGACAUCCUUCAGAUUCUGCAGGAUGGAGAAGAGGCCCACUACCCUGUGGUCAUCAACGCCAUGACCCUGUUUGAGGCCAAUAUGGAGGUCGGGGAGUACUUCAAUGCUCUUCCAAACCUGGUGAUUCCCGUGUUUGACAUCGCCCUACAGAAGGCUGCUGAGACCAUCGGCAGCUCCUGCCCGUCCCUACAGGGAGCCCUGGGGGUCAAACCUAACCUGCAUGCACGCAUCUCAGGCCUGCCCGUGUGUCCCGAGUUGACGCGUGACCAUAUCCCCCGGGCGCGCGACGCGGGCCACUUCCUCUGCGUGACGGGCACGGUCAUCCGCACGGGCACGCCCAAACUCCUGGAGUUCCAGCGCGACUACAUGUGCGCCAAGUGCCGGCACGUGUUCGCGGCGCAGGCCGACUUCGAGCAGCACUACGCCCUGCCGCCCCCCACGCGCUGCCCAAGCCCCGAGGGCUGCACCUCCGUCAGGUUCACCUGCCUGCAGGGCGACUCGGCCACGCCGGCCGCCUGCCGGGACUACCAGGAGAUCAAGAUCCAAGAGCAGGUCCAGAAGUUGUCAGUGGGCUGUAUCCCUCGGUCCAUGCUGGUGGUCCUGGAGGAUGAUUUGGUGGACAGCUGUAAAUCAGGCGACGAUGUGACGGUGUACGGCGUGGUGUGCCAGCGCUGGAAGCCCCUCUUCCAGGACGCGCGGUGUGAGGUGGAGGUUGUGCUGAAGGCCAACCACAUCGAGGUGAACAACGAGCAGAGUUCAGGGGCCGUGGUGCUGGAGGACGUCCAGAAGGAGUUUGAGGAGUUCUGGGAGAAACACAAGCACGACCCCAUCGCAGGCCGGAACCAGAUUCUGAUGAGCCUAUGCCCACAGGUAUUUGGAAUGUACGUCGUCAAGUUGGCUGUUGCCAUGGUGCUAGCCGGUGGAGUUCAGAGAAUAGAUGCCUCUGGAACCAAGGUGAGAGGCGAGUCUCACCUCUUGUUGGUGGGCGACCCUGGCACUGGGAAGUCUCAGUUCCUGAAGUACGCGGCAAAGAUCAUGCCACGCUCCGUCCUCACCGCUGGAAUCGGCUCCACCAACGCAGGCCUGACGGUGGCGGCGGUGAAGGACGGUGGCGAGUGGCACCUGGAGGCCGGGGCUCUGGUGCUGUCGGACGGGGGCCUGUGCUGCAUCGACGAGUUCAACAGCAUCAAGGAGCACGAUCGCACCAGCAUCCACGAGGCCAUGGAGCAGCAGACCAUCAGUGUGGCCAAGGCAGGUAUGGUGUGCAAGCUGGACACACGGACCACCAUCCUGGCGGCCACCAACCCCAAGGGCCAGUACGACCCCAGCAUGCCCGUAUCGGUGAACGUGGCGCUGGCCAGCCCGCUACUGAGCCGUUUCGACCUGGUCCUGGUCCUGCAGGACACCAAGAACCCCGAGUGGGACCGGAUCAUCUCAUCCUUCAUCCUGCAGAACAAAGGAGCCCCCCGUGAGUCGGCCUCCCUGUGGAGCAUGGAGAAGAUGCGGGCGUACUUCUGCCUGAUCAAGACCCUGCGUCCGCGCGUCUCCUCGGAGGCCAACACCAUCCUGGCGCGCUACUACCAGCUGCAGCGCCAAAGCAGCGGCCGCAACGCCGCCCGCACCACCAUACGCAUGCUGGAGAGUCUGGGGCGCCUGGCCGAGGCUCACGCCCGGUUGAUGUUCAGGGAGACUGUUACUGUUGAAGAUGCUGUUGUUGUGGUCUCAGUUAUGGAGUGCUCGAUGCAGGGUGGUGCUCUUUUAGGAGAAGUGAAUGCCUUGCACACUUCGUUCCCUGACCAUCCAUGUGAGCAAUACAAGACACAGUGUGAGAUUGUUCUGGAAGGUCUGGGUCUUCAGCAUCUUUUAGAUGCUGAACUUCAAAGGCUUGCACGGCUGAAGAACAUCUCGCACACAUCCGGAGCUGGGGACUCAGGGGAGAGGGAUGAGAGUUCAGAGGAAACCCCAAGCCAAGGGCAGCCCAACCCAGACACAGACUCUCAGAGCGGCCUGGGCUGGUUCCACUCCCUGGAGCAGCUAGAUGGUGUGGAAGAAAAAGAAACGGAUCCAAUACCCCCACCUCCCACUCCACCACCACCACCACCCGAGGCAGCAGUACCAACUAGCUCCACCACAGAGCAACCACAACAGCAGCAGGAGGAGUUACCAGGCAACAGCGGAGCCUGGCGUGGGAAGAGGGCCAGUAAAACCCCUGCUGUAGCUGAGGGAAAGCCAAAAGAAAAGAAGAGCGAGCAAGAGGAAGAAACGCACAGAGGGAGGGAGGGAACGACGCGGGCGGAAUGUGACCACAGCGGCGCGUCAGCCAAGGCCGUGACCUCAGCUGACCGCGCCUCUGUGGUACAGAUAGUUUCCAGAAAACUCCAUGGCAAGCGACUGCGGAAGCUAAGCACAGAGAUGGAAUGUGGCGCCUCCUUUUCCGCCUCUUCUUCCUCACUUCAGCAGGGUGCUUUACACCCCCAGUCCACCGGGGGCGCUGUGUCCAACAACACAGACCUAGUGGAUGCGCUGGACCAGCUCUUCUCUUCUGACUCGUGGCCAGCACACAGCAGUACGCCUGUUGCAAAUAAGAGACACACCGCAAGGAAAGCCGACCGCGUGCCUCCCAGCGCACAUGCGUCUGUGCCAAAUCCUUCAGGUGAGGGGGACGCUUUGGGAGAGGACUUGCGUAGCAAACUCACCGACUUUACCUUUAAACCAAGGGACAGAAUACAACACACAGAUGCCCCACAAAAGAGUGAGACAGCUGGUAAAUCUACCAGUAGCACACUGAGUGCACUGAGAAAUGUGGUGAAAAAGAGUGAAAAGGGGAAGAGAGAUAAGGUUUCAAGAGGAGAGAAAGGAGAAGAGAGAGAAGAUGCUGACAGGAGCUCCAAAUCGCCACCAGGUGGCGGCAGCAGCACAGACAACAGACUCCGAUUGAGGGGUCUGCCUGAGGCAUCCAGUGAAAAGCCUUCUGGAGGGUCACAUGACCAGAAGAAAGCAGGAACAGGAAGUGGUGUCACAGGGGAGCCAAGUGGGGGGUCGGAUCUGAAGCGCCAACGACUGCUGCAGAGGCUGAGCUCCAUGACGACAGGCGAGGAUAAGACCGCAUCGGUGUGUGUGCCACUGGCGUCACACUCACACACACCUUCCUCUCAUACACCUGAUCAAAGCAGGGUCCAAGUGGCAUCCACCACGCUGGCAAAACUCUCCAGAUUCUCCUUCAUGGCAUCGCCGCCUCCUGAAGAGAAGACCACCAAACCAGUAACAGCAUCCUCACUGGACAGUCCUCACACAGCAGCAUUAACCGACAAUGCAAACACCAAAAUGGCCACAGCACACAAGUCACCAGCGAUAUCCACAGCAGACAAGACUGCAUCCUCAACGGGGACCCUGCACACAAAGCAGUUGGGCUCCACAGCUAAAACCGCUCACACACAAAGCCCACCAAUCAACAAGACAGACAGCCCCUCAGAGACAGCCACAGAGCCACAAACACACAGAGAGACAAACACUGCCACUGGGGCAUCUGUUGGAGGCCAGCCAGCGAUGGGAGAUGCUGGGAACCCCAAGAAGAGGAAGUGCUUUGAGCUGGGCUCGGGAGCUGGAGGAAAGGGGCUGUUCUCUGGCCUGUCCCUGUUCAGCUCUGCUGGGCUGGAGGAGGACGAUGACUCUCUGCUGGGGCUGGACUGGGAGGAUGAGCCCAGCAAGAGAGCCAAGCUGUAAUUUUGGUUGGAGUGAUUUUAGGGGUGAGAGAAAGUGGUGUCCUAAAGGCUGCAAAUCUGCAAUUACUGAAAUUAUGAA